AUGGCAGUGGCUGCUCGAAGUAGAUCAAUCUGGCUGCUGGUGGAGUGCUUUACCAAGUAUUGUGUAGUACGAGAAGCUGUUAGACACUUUCAUGCCCUUAAAAACUUUGAAGGAGGAACAAAAGUUUUACAUCAUGAAGGAAAAUAUGGGGACCCACUUUCUUUGUAUCUUCGAGCUUUAUGCAGAGAAGGAAGGAUUGUUGAGUUGCUGGAAGCUCUGGAAGCUAUGACCAAAGAUAACCAGCCAAUCCCACCCCGGGCCAUGAUCCUGAGCAGAAAGUAUCGGACUUUAGUUAGCUCAUGGAUUGAACCUUUGCAAGAAGAAGCUGAACUUGGAUAUGAGAUUGAUUAUAUUGCAAGGUACAUUGCAGAGGGUGGGCUUUUAGGCGAGCGAAAGCGAUGGGUACCACGGAGAGGAAAAACUCCUUUGGAUCCGGAUGCUCUCGGAUUUGUUUAUUCCAACCCUAUGGAAACCUCCUUUAAACGAAGAUGUCUUGAAGAUUGGAAGGUGCAUCAUCGAAAGCUAUUAAGAACCUUGCGCAACGAAGGACCUUCAGUUUUGGGGGAUGUAUCUGAACUCGAUUAUAUCCGAGUUGAGGAGAGAUUAAAGAAAAUUAUUAAAGGUCCUGACCAAAAUGCUUUAAAGCCUAAAGCUGCUAGUAAGAUGAUAGUAUCUGAGCUAAAGGAAGAACUAGAAGCACAAGGUCUGCCAACAGAUGGAACUAGAAAUGUGCUCUAUCAGCGUGUUCAAAAGGCAAGAAGAAUUAAUCGGUCAAGAGGUCGGCCCCUUUGGGUUCCUCCUGUUGAGGAGGAAGAAGAGGAGGUUGAUGAAGAGUUGGAUGAAUUAAUUUCACGGAUCAAGCUAGAAGAAGGAAAUACAGAGUUUUGGAGACGUCGUUUUCUUGGAGAAGGCAUAAAUGGUGAUCACGGCAAGCCAAUUGAAGUAAAGAAUUCGGAAGUUCAUGAUAUCUUAAAUGAUGCUGAUGUUGUUGAGGAUGUUGCAAAAGAGAUUGAAGAUGAUGAGGCAGAAGAAGAGGAGGAGGAAGUGGAGCAAACUGAAAGCCAAGUAGAUGGCAGAGUUAAGGAUAAGGAAGUUGACGCUGCAAAACCUCUUCAAAUGAUUGGAGUCCAAUUGUUAAAAGAUUCUAACCAGAUGACCACCACAUCAAGAAAAUCACGGAAAAAGGUUUCCCGAAUAUCAGUAGAGGAUGAUGAUGACGAUGAUUGGUUUCCGGAGGAUAUUUAUGAAGCAUUUAAAGAGCUGAGGAAGAGGAAAGUGUUUGACGUGUCAGAUAUGUACACAAUUGCUGAUGCUUGGGGUUGGACAUGGGAAAGAGAAUUGAAGAACAAACCUCCUCGGAGAUGGUCACAGGAAUGGGAAGUUGAGUUAGCUGUCAGAGUAAUGCUGAAGGUAAUAGAAUUGGGUGGCACACCAACUAUUGGGGAUUGUGCCAUGAUACUCCGUGCAGCUACAAGAGCUCCUCUCCCAUCAGCAUUCUUGAAAAUUUUGCAAACAACACAUAGUCUCGGUUAUGCCUUUGGGAGCCCUUUGUACGAUGAACUUGUCACAUUGUGUCUUGAUCUUGGGGAGCUUGAUGCGGCUGUCGCUAUAGUCUCAGAUUUGGAGACCAGUGGAAUCACAGUCCCAGACCAAACUCUAGAUAGGGUCAUUUCUGCCAGACAAAUAACUGACAAUGUUGUAGAUGACUUAUCAUGA